UUUACAUGUAGAUUUGGAGGUAUCUCUCUCUCAGAUAUGGACCCCAAGUCAAAAGUAUUAGAAGAAGUCCUAGCAAAUAUUUUAAAGCCAGACGUUAAAGUCACCAGGGAAGAACUCUCCAGCUUCAUAGAAAAAAUUGAACAAUCUGAAACCAACCAAUUGACCCCGUACACAAAAAUCUACACGAAAUGGAUCCAAACGGCCCUAUCGGAAUGGACCUACGACCAACCAAUAGAAGUAGCGGAGUUCAUCGUAAAACUGUGCGGCGUUCUGUGCAAGAACGACAUCAAGUUUUUGCACCUGUUGAAAACAAAAGCGUUGGACUCCUUGAUAAGUGUUUUGCAUUUAAACAACACGAAUCUGGAGACAUCAUUGAAACUACCGUUCAUGCAACUCCUUCGAGUGUGUCUCAAGUACAAGUUCGGUGUAGAUUGGGUGAUAACUACCCAUCAUCAUUGGAAGCACGUGUACGAACAUGUUUACAAAGGACCAGACAAUUACGCGUGUGUAAAAGAACAGCUACCGUAUUUUAUGAUCGACCUCUUUUAUCACGUUGUAGAAGUGAACAGGUUGUUUUUAGUAAAUAUAGUACAAGUGAAUGUAGAAAAUCUAGUAAAAAUGAGCGACCAAUUAGUGAGCAAAAGUCUAACAGAGGAGGAAGAGAAACAAUGGUUGCCUAAACUUAAACCUGUGCUAGACAAUUUUGAAGACAUGACCACAUAUUUUAUUGAAAAAACUACUGAUAAAGCCAUGUACAAACUAAUAGUUAAAUACGAUAGAGUUUUCAAUUGUCAAGAACGGUUGAUCACCAUACUGAAGGCUGUGAAAUGCAAAGAAUUAACAUUUUUAGCCAGUCGAGGUCUUUUGUGUACCUAUUAUUUUGAUAUAUGUAUUUCGGCUGAUUCCAACCUAAAUAUUGGGGUGGAGCCGUUUAAUGAGUUGAUAAAAAAAAUUUUAUUCGUACAGCAAGUCAAUGUGGAUCGAGGCUUUUUGGACAACGUAUUAGACUUGUCGUAUUGUGAGUGUGCUUAUAGGAAGAACAAAUUCUUGCCAGUAACUAUAAAAGACAGUAACAGUGACAGUGAAGCAAUGCAGUUUGAGAUGCAAUUUAUCGUUUUCCCUUUGGCUCCCAUUAUAUUUUGGGACGAAUUACUUUGUAAGAGAGAGUUUCUGAAACUAAUCAAUGAUGAUGAGCACAGAGACGACUUCUUCUACGACUUUUUUAAAGGAAUGUUUCCAGAAAUCCUGCGGUUUGGUUAUUACUGUAGAGACGUCGUAUUAAAACAGGGAAAUUUGGCUGAGCACUCCAUAUACUGUUUGGAGUUGUUGCAAAAGAACCUGCACGAAUUCCCCAGGAAGAUGGCAAUCAUGAUGUUUCGAACUUUAGUGUACGUAGCGUCUGAUUUCAUUCAACACGCUGUUAGUGGAGAUGUCAUAAACCAAAAGAACGUCUACAAAUGCACCAAGUUGGGUCUGGACUGUCUGGUGAAGUUUAUCAAGCAUCUCAACAUCACCUGGAGGGACUCAAUUGAAUCUAUAGAAAUAAUGAACAUUUGUUCCAAGGUUUUCAAUCUGCCUAACGUUCCAACAGAGGCGGUUGCUGCGUCUUUGAGGCUGUUGGCGCUGUCCAUUUCUAAAUACAUGUCGCCCAAUCUUGCCCUUUUGGUCGAAACUAAUGAUUCCACCAUGCACUACAUUGGUACGUUGCUCUAUUCAAAAUUGAGAGACUCCGAUUAUGAAGUGAGAAGGGCUGCACACGACGUGCUGCUGUCAAUUUCCGAAAAUGCCGAAACAAAAUUUCCGUACUUCAGGAAGAUACUGAUGGAGUCUCAUUUGCCAGGGUUAGCUUUAAAUUCGUAUUUAUUAAUCAAUGAAGACUGCUCCAUAAGGAAAAUCGCCGUAAAUUGCCUUAAACAUUUAGUUGCAAUCCCCGAGAUAUCUGAGGAAGCCAUCGAUUUAAACAAAUUAUCGAUCAGCCUGUUGGGAAUUCUUUGCAACCCGGAACAAAAAAUCAUCUAUGGUGAGACGUUAUCCCUCAUCAAAAUAAUUUUAGAACUUGAUUUUUGGACUGAGAGACAAAUAGAACCAUUAUAUGAGAUUUUAUUUACUUUUAUAACUUCUGACAUUGAUGAUGAUAUAAAAUUGGAAGCUUUGCAUCUAACUUCUGGUGUUAUAUUCUGGCAUUUGAAACAAGAGGGCUACAUCGACAACGAGUUUCCGGAAACGAUAUUUGUAAAUAAAAAAAUAAAAAUACUGAACAGGGGAGAGAUUAAAAAAAGACUGAUACGUGUAAUGCACAAAUUUGGUGAUAUUGGCUGUCUAAAUAUUUUAUUGUACUGUAAGAGAAGCGAACAAAAAUCCAAUUUAUAUCAAAAAGGGACAGAAAUUAUCAACCACAUACUCAAAUUGCUCUCAAGAUAUCAAAUUAACAGUGAAACCAUCCAACAUUCGAGUCUAACCAACUUAGACAAAAUUAUAAAUGAAUGUCUUGAAGUGAUGAAAAUGGACCACCUAGGUUCGUUUACUGAGGCUGAAAAUGUACGAAGAAUGGCUGUAAAUCCCAUCGACUUUCUUCAGGAAAUAAUUAAGUUGGAAAGGAGGAAGAUUGAGAAACCUGACUCAUUUUUGUUGUAUUUAAAUGAAUUUUCGAAUCAUCUUUGUAACAAAGCUUGAUGUAAGUUGUCUAAAUUUUGUGUAUUUUUUUAAAUAAAUAUUAUUAAUUAAACUCUAAAUUAUUUUACCAAUCAAUAAAAUAUAGUCAUGUAA